GGACAGAAGACAACGCCAGCAGCACAAAUGUCUAUCAGAAGAAGUUCACGACCUACAACUCCUCUUCGUCGCGUUCAGCGCGGCUCCUUCUCAGAAUUGUCGCGCAAUGAAUCUUCGGCGACCUUCCCUCUUGAUGCAAUGGAGCCAGCAUUCGCAGAGGUUUCCGAUGCUCUGUCAGACCUCCAUAUCAAUUUGGAGCAGCUACAAGGCAUGCACGAAAGUCUUGCAAAGUUCAGCGAGAGCUUUGCAUCGUUCUUGUACGGGUUGAAUAUGAAUGCGUUCUGCGUGGACUUCCCGGAAGCGCCGGUACCAGAGAGUUUCAAGAGAGCAGAGCAAGAAGCAGCAUUACAGCGCCAAGUUGCAGCAGCUGCACCCCCGUCCUCCUUCCGUCACCCGGAUUCAGAUCAGACAUUCAUGACCAACGAGACGUCCUUCGUCGAGGAACCACCCGCGAGAUCGCAAACAAGCCGGCAGGCACCGACAAAGGCAGGGCCUGGAGCCGGGACUUCACGAGGACGAGGAACUGCCCGUGGGACAGGGCGUGGAGCGAGCGCAACGCGAGGAAGCGGUAUAGGACGCGGAAGAGGAAGAGGAAUGUAGUUCAAUUGAUUUCCAAGCAACC